AUGUCUGCUCUGGUCCAUGAGUCUCCGGACCGAGCUGUCACGGCCAUCGAGCCUCUGACAGGAAGCGAUAACUACGCAACCUGGAAACGUCUCAUGACCUCCCGUGCCUACCUGAAAGCCAGGCAGGUCUGGGAUGUCUUGUCGGGCGACCUCCAGCGUCCUGACUGCUUAUUCAAGUACGCCAAGCCUAUUACGGCAGACAUCCACCCCUUGGUGGAACCGCACCUCGCUGGGGCGGUGAGACAGCGCGCUAUUGAGGCGCGCCUCGAAGUGGAGGUCCAGGCGUUCGAGCGCCACCGUGAUUCGUGA